AGUCGCUCCCCGCCGCCUGCUCCGCCAACAUGGCCGCGAAGUCGGAUGGCGCGGCAGCCGCUGCCGGCCCGGGGCCGGAGGGGGCGGCCGGCGGGGUCCGCGGCGGGGCGGGCGGGCGCGGGGAAGCGGCGGCGGUGACCGGAGGCGCCGAGGCGGGGGGCCCGGGCCCGCGCUACGAGCUGCGGGACUGCUGCUGGGUGCUGUGCGCGCUGCUCGUGUUCUUCUCCGACGGCGCCACGGACCUGUGGCUGGCGGCCUCCUACUACCUGCAGGGUCAGCACACCUACUUCGGCCUCACCUUGCUGUUCGUGCUGCUGCCCUCGCUGGUCGUGCAGCUGCUCAGCUUCCGCUGGUUCGUCUACGACUACACCGAGCCCGCGGGGGCCCCGGGACCCGCCGUCAGCACCAAGGACAGCGGUGCAGGCGGAGCCGCCAUCAGCACCAAGGACAGCGCCACCGCCUUCAGGACCAAAGAAGGCAGCCCCGAACCGGGCCCCCAGCCCGCGCCCUCAACGGCCAGCACCUACCGCCGCCGCUGCUGCCGCCUCUGCGUCUGGCUGCUGCAGACCCUCAUCCACCUCCUGCAGCUCGGCCAGGUCUGGAGGUACCUGCGCGCGCUCUACCUGGGGCUGCAGAGCCGCUGGCGCGGCGAGCGGCUGCGGCGCCACUUCUACUGGCAGAUGCUGUUCGAGAGUGCCGACGUGAGCAUGCUGCGCCUGCUGGAGACCUUCCUGCGCAGCGCGCCCCAGCUCGUGCUGCAGCUCAGCCUGCUGCUGCACCGCGGCGGCGAGCCCGACCUGCUGCCCGCCCUGUCCACCUCGGCCUCCCUGGUGUCCCUGGCCUGGACGCUGGCCUCCUACCAGAAGGUGCUGCGGGACUCGCGGGACGACAAGCGGCCCCUGUCCUACAAGGGCGCGGUGGCCCAGGUGCUGUGGCACCUGUUCAGCAUCGCGGCCCGCAGCCUGGCCUUCGCGCUGUUCGCCAGUGUCUACAAGCUCUACUUUGGCAUCUUCAUCGUGGCGCACUGGUGCGUCAUGACCUUCUGGGUCAUCCAGGGCGAGACGGACUUCUGCACGUCCAAGUGGGAAGAGAUCAUCUACAAUAUGGUGGUGGGCAUCAUCUACAUCUUUUGCUGGUUCAACGUCAAGGAGGGCCGCAGCCGCCGCCGCAUGGCCCUCUACCACUGCCUCGUGCUGUUGGAGAACGCUGCGCUCACUGGCUUCUGGUACUCCAGCCGCAACUUCGCCACCGACUUCCGCUCGCUCAUCCUGGUCUGCGUGGUGGCCUCCAGCUUCGCGCUUGGCAUCUUCUUCAUGUGUGUCUAUUACUGCCUCCUGCACCCCAACGGGCCCAUGCUGGGUCCCCAGGCUGCCGGCUGCAUCUUCUCCGAGUCCCCAGAGCCCUGUGGGCCGCCGGCUGAUGCUGUCACAAGCCCCCCGAGGUCCCUGCCCAGGACUACAGGCGCUGAGCGGGAUGGGGCCUCCGUGGGGGGUGAGCGACCCGGGACCCCCACACCACCUGUCUUCCAGGUGCGGCCCGGCCUGCCGCCCACACCAGUGGCCCACGCCUUGCGGACAGAGGGGCCUGUCAUUCGGAUCGACUUGCCUCGCAAGAAGUACCCGGCGUGGGACGCUCACUUUAUCGACCGCCGGCUGCGGAAGACCAUCCUGGCGCUGGAGUACUCCUCGCCGGUUACACCGCGGGUGCAGUACCGGAGCGUGGGGACCUCGCAGGAACUGCUGGAGUAUGAGACCACCGUGUAGGCUACAGUCUCCCCGACAAAGGCAUGGGCUUGGCUGGCCCCGCAUCGACCACCACUGUGUGGAGCCCAGAAUUUCAAGGCCACCAAGCUAAGGGGGAGUGGCCCAUCAUCGGUUCUUUCGGGGUGUGGGGGGGCAGCCUUUUGGAAGGCCUGGCCCGAUGCCCUGUAGCCCAUUCCCCAGGGAGACAACUGGUGCUACACCCCUCAUGAGCUGCCCCACCCCAUGGGGCCUCAUACCCUCUCUCCUGCCUGGCUUUGCUCACAGCUUGGCCCUGGUGACCUGCCAGGCAAAAGGGCACUGUCUAGGGUCCAUGACCUAGACCCUGUGCUCCUCACUGGGGUGUGUGGGGGCGGGGAGGAGGCCUCGGGGAAGGAUGGAGGGGCUAUAUGUAGGGUUGGCACAGUUUCUGUAGGGUCUGAGGCCUGCAGCUGGGGCAAGAGGGGAGUUGACGAAGGGAGUUGGGGUGGGUGGGAGAUGGAGUAGGAGGCAGUGCUAGAGAUGGAUGGGGGGCAGACCCCUGAGGGGUCCUGGCUGGCAGAGGUCUGAAGCAGGGGAGGCGUGGGGGAGGGGAACCUGCACUCCAGAGUGUGGGUGAUGAGGGAGGCAGACUCCUGAGAGGGGCUCUACCAGGGCUGAGGUUCCAGACACGUCCGGGGGAAGUUUCCAGGAGCCAAUCUUUGUUCUGGAUGAGCGUCUGGAACAUUCUGCCAUAUCAAGGCCUGGAGCCCAGCAGAUAAAAUGCGUAGGAAGACACUUGGUCUGGGCCCACAACAGAUGAGGCUCCAUCAUCUUCCUGCUCCAGAGCCAUGCUUGGUUCUCGAGGAAGUUCUAGAACACUUGGCAGGUAGUAGAGUGUCCAAGAGACUUCUGGGGCUUGUGGGAGUUCUAGGCCCCUGUCCACCUUGGUCCACAGCUGUCUUCCUGCAAGGACCCCUGAGACAUUUCUGCUACCAACUGUUCCCAGCUGGAGAAAACGUAGCUCUGGGGACGUGACGUGAAUCCUGGCUCUCAGCCGUGCCGCAGAUGCGACUCCCUGGGGCGACGUGUGGGAAACUGACUUGUUUUGCCUUCCAUCUGACAACACCCCAGUCCCAUUCCCACGGCCUGAACUCUCCCAGGGCUCGUCCCCGCACCUGGGACAGCCAGUCCUAGACGGGAUGCAGACAGCAGCGAGUGUUAAGGACAGACACAGACCUGGGCGGGGGGGUGGUGGGCAAGGCUGGCCAUGAGAAUCCUAGACUAUGCAAAUUAGAGGAGCGCUUAGGCCUCUUUGGUUCAGCCGCCCAUGGGAUUCCCAGAGGAGCAGUUAGUCUCACAAAGUCCCAGGCUCCUGGACGCCACAGCAAAUGGUGAUGACCGGUGCUGGAUUUGCCAAAAGCGACUCCAAGGGCAGAGGGGGCAGGACUCCUCUCCCCCCAACUACCAGCACCACAAGCACACAUCUCACCAGUGGCAAGGCCACCCCAGUCCCGGUGCCAGCGGUAGCUAUGCAGACGGCACUGGCCGAGGCAGGGUGUGCGUCUCUCCUGCCCACACAGAAGGAUGCUUUUCCCUCUUUUGUCCAUUUCCCCGAGCCCUGGGGAGCUCAGGAGUGGUGGGGCUGGGAGAAGCCGAGGUCAUGGCAGGCCUGCUUGGCUGGGUUCUCCCAUCCACCUUGUCCUCUGCCCAAAUCUGUCUUCAGAGGCCGAAUUCUGUGGUCCGUCACACACUCCUCAAAGCCUUUAUGAGACAGAACCUCGGGGACGGGGCCCCAGGUCCAGCUGUCUCUCCAGGGCUGACCUUGGCCAAGAGUUUGCACCCUGUGUGGUUUCCCUGACCUUCUCCCCUGCCUGCAACACCCCUGCAAGAAAGGUGCCCUCAACCCAAUGCAGGCUCAGAGGCAGCAUGCUAGCCGCCCUUGGCAGUUCCUGGAACGGCCUCUCUGCUGGUGCCUCUCUCCAGCAUGCUGGGAGGAAAAGUGGACAAUCUCCAGCCGGGAGCAGCUCCGGGAGGCACCCGGGCACCCUGGGAGGAGAAUGAGCUGGCAGUGCUUGGCGAGGCGUGAGGCUUGCAGAGAAGUCACAGCCAUAUAUUUGGCCUCUGCUCCACCCCCUGCCCCUAUCAUUGCAAUGCUAGAAACCUUCCCUCAGGGCCUCGGCCAGAAAGAACCCGAGUCCCACAUGUGGUCGCAGUCCCAGGACCCCAGGGAGAGGGCUGCCGGCCCCUUCUGCGCCUCCUCCUCUGGGGAGCACUGGACCCUGCCCCUCCCAGGCCUGAGGUCCUCCAGCGCGCUGGCCUGUGCCCACACCUGUCGUCCUGCUGCUCCCCGUGUGACGUGGGGGAGGGCCCUUCCCCUUAGAACUGUCUCCUCUCUGUGACACAAUCUACCUCAGCUGCUUUCUCCCCUGCCAGAACCAGUUCCCCACCCCCCACCCCAGCCUGGAAGCUCCGUCCUCCCAGGAUGCCAAGGGGACUUGCAGUGAGAAGGGGUCCAGAGCCCCAAGCCAGAAGGGGGGCCCUUGGGGUCCCCUAAGCCAUCUGCUCCUCCCAUCCAUUACACACAGGUGAUAUCGAGAUCCAGGGACUUGCCCAAGAUCACACGGUGGGGCGGUGGCGGCGGCGUCAGGGGGUUCCCAGACAUAGGCGGGAGUCAAGUGCAUCGAACUUGCCAAAACAGAACCCCUGGAACCAAAGGGCCAGGCAGGUCCAGCCCUGCCCCCGAGCAGCUCUAGCGUAGGACGCUUAUGUCCCCUUUCCCAUCAUUGUCUUGAGCUUCCCCACCUCAAACCAACCCCCUGGGCUGCCGACUGUUCUCACGGUCACCAUGCGCCCAUCACGCCUGCACGCUCCGACCUGCCACGUGCCUUGUAAAUCGCCCGGCUGAGCAGCACAGACUCUGCCCUCCCCAGCAGGAGGGGCUUCCUAGGUGCCCGCCCCCCAGUCUGUUCACCUGCUACACCUGUGUCCCCCAGGGCGUGUCACCAGUGAGAGUUGGGGAAAGCAGAGGCCAGGAGGCCGAGGCUGGGGAACACCCAGGUCUCCAGGUGAGGGUGCAGGCCUGGGAAUACCCAGGGGUGAUUUUAUCUGGGGCAGAGGCCCUGCAGCUCUUAGAGCUCACCCGGGCCUGGAGGCCAUGCAAGCCUGACGCCGUGGGGCACGGUUGCCUGGAUUGCAAACUCAAAACAAGAGGCAUGGAGGUGCUAGACAGCAGGGCGUGGUGGAGACUGAGACCAGCAGGAGAACGUGUGCCCUCCCUGCAGGCACUGAGGUUCACAGUUUUGAGAAGCACGGUGCUGGCCAAACUAGGCACUCAGAUUUGGCCCUCUUUGGGUCUCUGGAUCAAAACGUGGAGAUGGUUCUGGAAACCCCUCCAGGGAAGUCAGGAACAGAGGCAGUGGCUCCCUGAGACCUUGCUAGUCCAACCCUAAACUCCUACCACCUGACAGCUGCCCCCACUGCUCUCUCAGCUGAGAAAGGAAGGUCAGUCUGGGAGUCCGGGGGUCCCUGGUUUGGGAGCCAUCACCUGGUAAGGGCUACAGCCCCCCGCACCCAACCCCGGAGUGCUGGGGUCUUCAGUUUAGCAGGAACCUGUAUCAGGUAGGGAGAAGGGAAGCCCAGGUGCAGGAUAAGAAGGAAGGCAGGCCCAGCUGCCCCACCUGCCUCCUCCAGGACUGAGCUGGGGGUAGGGCCUGCAGGGAGGCGAGCGGUCAGUACCUGCACUGAGGUGCUCUGUGAUGCCUGCGGACGAAGGACCGAGUGAGUGCCAAGCCAAGCCACUGGGGCAGCCACAGGGACGGGGCCUGGGUCCCCGUUCCUGGCCAGGGAGGCUUCUGACACUGGGGGUGGGGUGUGGGGGGGAGUCAGCCAUUCCAGCUGCCGAGGGGAAUGGGGACUCCUGGGAGAGGCCAGGGGAGGAAGAACUCUGGAGCAGAACAUGUGGGAGUGGGAGAGGAGGGCCCGGCCCAGGCCUGGCCUGGCUGCUGGAGACAGGAAGCUCCCCGGGCAAGGGGGCCCCUGUGCUCUGCCUCUCCCACCCCUCCCUUUUCAGCAACCCUGGCCUUUCUUUCUAUGCACAAUCACUACAAGGGCACCCCUAGGCCAGGCUGAAGGGGUGGGGGCCCCAGCGCACCUGCAAUAAUCUGGGACAAAGAGGGGUACAAUAGGCACGGGGUGGGGCAAAGGGAUGAUCCCUGCUCCCCAGAUCCCAGACUCCACCUAGACUGAGCGUGACCCUCCUCCCACCUGUCUCCUUUGGGCUGUCCUGCCAAACCUGGAAAGGCCUGGGACGAACACAGCCCAAGCCCACUGGUUUCCCAGAGAGCAGGAAGGGACCGGAACCAUUGCCUGGUCCUUCUGCCCCUGAAGAGCCUACGGUUUGGGAGUUCGGCCUGGCGUUCCUCCAAACAAGCCUCAUUCCUUGAGGAAGAACUCAGUUUCCCACAUGAAAGUAACUCAAGCCAAGCUUCUGAUUGCAGAAAGUGAAUGCCGCCAUGGCCUGGAGGUCAUUUCUAGGGUCUGGAGGCAAAGAAAAUCCACAUUCUGGAUUGUGUAAUACAGAGUUCUCGGAAGCAUUCGCAGGCACUGUUUCCUGCCUCCACGGAUGCUCAGUGGGUUGGUCACCCAGUGUCCUUUGGGACAGCAGGGGCAGGCCUGGAGAUGGGAAGCUGCCAGCCUGUCAUACCGCCAGCUAGUGGCAGGGUGGGACUAGAAUCUAGGUCUUUGGGGGUCCCAGCAGAACACCCCCGCCCUGAUUCCCCUCCGCUUUCUCUCCCGACUCCAGGAACCACUAGCCAUGCCCGAGGGGCCAUUCCCCUCCCUCAGCACAAUUCCGAGUGACCCUUCCCGCUCCCCAAUCAGUCCCCACCUGGCCCACUUCUGUUUCCAGUUCCCGGUCCCACCUCCUGUAUUUAUAAUGUCUGUGCCAUCCCCAACCCCCACCCCCACUGAGCCCCUCCGCACUUCCCCCAGGAGGGGGAGGGGCCCCAAGCUGGGGCUUCUGGACUGAGACUUUUUUGUACGCCACAGACUUUUUGUAUAUUUUUAAUUUUGCUGCGACAUGAGAUAUUAAAAGUCAUUUCAGUA